AAAGUCCAGGGUCGUCCUUCGUGACACAGUGGAAAAGAAAAAGAAAAGGGAAAGUAUUAUCGCAGCACGGUGACUCUCUACCUGUAAUCCCAGCAUUUAAACAGCUAACUCAGGAGGGCUGACAUGAGUCCGAGGCCAGCCUUGACUACGUGAGAAGCUAUCUGCUGUAGCUACGUGGCCACCUAGAAGAGAAUGAAUAAAGUACCGUGGGUCACUAGGCAUCUCCAAAGACCAUGGCAGCAGCCAGGGCUAGCCUGGGCCGGAUCCUCCCCGAGUCCUGCAUCCUGUUCCUAUGUGACAUGCAGGAGAAACUUCGAGGCAAAGUCCUCUACUUCCCACAGAUCGUGUCAAUGGCCGCUCGGAUGCUUAAGGUGGCCCGGCUGCUGGAUGUCCCUGUCUUGCUGACGGAGCAGUACCCACAAGGCCUGGGCCCCACAGUUCCCGAGCUGGGUGCUCAGGGCCUACAAGCCAUGAGCAAAACCUGCUUUAGUAUGGUGCCCCCGUUGCAGCAGGAGCUGGACAAACGGCCCCAGCUGCGCUCGGUGCUGCUCUGUGGCCUUGAGACCCAAGGCUGCAUCUUGCACACGGCCCUCGACCUCCUGGACCGAGGGCUACAGGUCCAUGUGGCGGUGGAUGCCUGCUCUUCUAGAAGCGAGCUGAACCGGCUGGUGGCACUGGAUCGGAUGAGACAGAGUGGUGUCUUUCUGUCUACCAGCGAAGUUCUGAUUCUUCAACUGGUAAAGGACGCUGCACACCCACAGUUCAAGGAG